GCCUGAACUGAUGCACAGCAGCAGACACAUGUUUCCUCGAAAUGGGGGGAGUUUCUUAUGUAGAACUACUUCAAAUGCAAAUUUGGUCUUAGCCCCUCCCACUUGUUUCUUCCUUUUCAUAAGGUCUGUAUUCCAGCUGUAUUUCUUCAGAAGCCUUGUGACGUAAGAGCAGUGAGAGUAUAAAAACAGCUGCGGGGCCUCUGUCACAGCAGAAACACGCCUGACUGCAGCAGUGUCAACACUCCUGUUGAUUGGAAUUAGAGAUCAUGGAACGGCUGACUUCUGCSGAGGAGAACCGUGAGAGGAUCCGGGCUGUGGAGAGCUUGUUCGGCUCGGGGGGCAAGCCCCUGUACCAGGACGGUCGCAUUCUGGUUGGAGAAGGCAGGCUGAUGAAGCAGAGCCGCAAGGGCCAGCAGCCCAAAGCUUUCUUCCUCUUCAGCGACAUCCUGGUGUACGGCAGCAUCAUUCUGAACGGCCGCUGGUACACCAAGCAGCAGAUCAUCCCUUUAGAGUCCGUCCAGCUGGAUGACCUGAAGGACAGCAUCAGUUCGAAGAACCGCUGGCUGAUCCGCACGCCACGCAAGUCCUUCUUCGUGGCAGCGUCCUGCCAAGAGGAGAAGCAGGCCUGGAUCGAGCACAUGAACGACUGUCAGUCCAAGCUGCUCCUGAGCGGCCGUCACACGCUCGGGUCCGACUUCGCCGUCACCUGGAUCCCGGACGAGGCCUCCCCCAACUGCAUGCGCUGCUCCCUCAAGUUCACCAUGGCCAACCGCCGACACCAUUGUCGCAGCUGCGGCUACCUGGUCUGCGGGGCCUGCUCCAAGAACCGAGUGGUGAUCGAGCACAUCCACCCAACCAAGCCGCUGAGGAUCUGCCAGCAGUGUCACAUCGAGCUGGGGGACCAGGAGCUGGUGGCCCCUGAGACCAUCCGCCAGAGAGGGAACAGCGAGGGCAGGCUGAGCUCAGAUGAGGAGGGGAUGGAGGUGUACAGCAUGGAGGAGGAGACAGAGGAGAACCUGGAGGAUCAGGACCUUGACAUGAACAUGAGCUCGUGGUCCCCCUAUGUCUACCUGAACCCUCAGAACUUCAGGCCAUGAGCAGAAGACUCCAGGUCUUCCUCUUUACUCCCCUUUAAUGCUGACGUCCCGUGUCAGUAAUGACUCCUCCUCUGUAGCUWUGUGCACUAUGAGCCACUUAAGAGCAAUCCCCAAAUAUACAUAGACCAUGUAUUUAAUUUUAUACAAUAUAUUUAUUUAUGUGUGGAAAAUGUCCUUCUUUUGUUUGCUGCUGAAUUACUACUGCUGUGAAGUUCUCGUUUUCAUCCUGACCUCAAUAUGUCUGUAGAAGUUCAGGUUUUAGUUGAACACUUAUGUACAGUUGUUGUACAGCCUUUWUAUGUUUAUUUUUUGUAAAAUGAAGYCUUAUYGCCAUGUAAAACAGUGUUUGUAUAAACAAUAUGUAAGCUAAACUUUCACUGUCUUUUAACUACACUGAAGAAUAAAGCAAUUAAACUAACA